GGAUACACGUUAAAUGCUGUUUUCCGGUUCCACAAUGUUUAUUUCCAAAUCUUUUUUUUUUCAACUGUUAAUCUUACAUCUUUACUUGGUGGCAUUAUUGAUUAAGUAAAUCACCUUGAUUUCAAUAUUCUCUUCCUAUUAAUAAUUUGCCCGUUAUUUCCCCAGAGCGUAAUACAUUUUUCGUCUAAAACUGCUGUACUACGAACUCUAUGGUGGCGCCAGGUCCGCGUAGCCCGGCCAUGGACCCCGGGGACCCGCUACCGCCGCCCGUCACUCUCCAAGCCCGUAAGAACAACGUUCUUCCCCAGCUUUCUGUGCGAGCCAAACAUUUUUCAAUCGACGCUCUGAUCGCAAAUUCACACGCGAAUCCAAGCGGAGUAUCUAACGACGAUGGCGGCGACUACGGCUCCGACCAAGUGACUUCACCUGUCUGCGAAGCCAUCUCGCCCUUGGAGAAACUGGUCGAGAGAACUACUAGUCCUGGUCAGCUAAUAGAAGUUGUGUCCAGUUCCACAUGUUCCUUACCAAAAGACCCUAUCUCCGAUGAAUUCAUCUUGGAAGAGGAAGAUAUUAAAACUGGAGACAUCAGUGACGAUGACAUCUCGCUUAGCACGGAGCAGAUUAAGCGGGAAGAUGAACCAAGCAGUUCCGGCAUCUCUAGUUAUAAGAGCGGCCGAGCUAGUCACUGCAGCGGGAAGGUGAAGCAAGAAAAUCCGCAGGUUCUUCCCAAGUGUAACUGUGAAGAACUCAAGCGAGCUGAUGCUUAUCUAGAAACAAAGGACUUAUGGGAAAAGUUCCACGAAUUAGGGACGGAGAUGAUUAUCACUAAGUCAGGGCGGAGGAUGUUUCCUACCUUGAGGAUUUCGUUCAGUGGUGUCGACGCUCAGACUAAGUACGCCGUGUUAUUGGACAUUGUUCCGGUAGACAACAAGAGAUACCGCUAUGCUUACCACCGGUCUUCGUGGUUAGUUGCCGGAAAAGCCGAUCCUCCUUCCCCGGCACGUAUCUACCUCCACCCUGACUCCCCUUUUACCGGGGAUCAACUGAAGAAACAAGUGGUGUCUUUCGAAAAGGUUAAACUGACCAAUAAUGACAUGGACAAACAGGGUCAUAUUGUCCUAAAUUCGAUGCACAAAUACCAGCCCAGAAUACACCUGGUUAAACUAAGGUCGGAUCAUUCGAAUCCUCCUCAUAUAACAGACUUAGAGACUGAGCAAACAAGGACGUACGUCUUCCCAGAAACAGUUUUUACAGCAGUGACAGCUUACCAGAAUCAAUUGAUUACGAAGUUGAAGAUAGACAGUAAUCCAUUUGCUAAAGGUUUUCGAGAUUCGUCUAGACUCUCCGAUUUCGAAAGCAGAGGAUCGGUGGAAACACUUCUUCGAGAGCGCGUUUUUCGCCACUCGCCGUUUCAGGCGCUCAUGGCUGGUGAACUACCCUCGGACCAGGCAGCUUUUGCUCAGGCUGCAGCAUUAGGGCGCGUUCCUCCUUCGACCGAGCUACUUCUUAUGGCUAGUCAGGCCGGAAGUCCCUGGAAAAUGCCCGGAAUGCCCUUCAGCAUGGCGGAAUUAGGUUCCUUUAUGAACGUUCAGCAACAGCAGGCUAACCAUUUCGCCAGCCUUUACUUCGGUCUCCCUAGAAAUAUGUUUCCACCGCUCUCAAUGGUUUCAGCAUCGAGCACGAUAACUGGAAACGCCGCUGCUGUUGCUGCUUCUGCGGAGCACAACAGAAACCUUCACGGACACUUGCAAUUAUCGCCGAGGCUUCAGUGUUCCACAUCUCGGCCUGUUCCAACCAAUCUUACACCAAUUUCAAGCAUUACAGCUGGUAGCCCGUCUCUUUCCCCAAACCAGCUCUAUAGUUCUCGGCUCCACCUUUCAACGUUACAUCCUGGGCUUAAAUAUCACCCAUAUUUCAGGCCUAGACUCCUUCAAACUUCUAGUUCAAAGUCGCCAUUAGCUGCAGAAAGUGAAGGUAUUUCGCCAUAGGUAUCACACCUAGAAGAAAGGAGGUAAAAUCGUAUUAAAAAAACACUCGAGAUUUUCUCGAACAGUGUCUCUAUACCACUAAGAUUCGAAUGAUGUUUAAUCCAAAUCAAAGUUUAACUUGCGACUAAAAUGUUUUCUCGGCCAUAUUUCUUGACAAGUAGUGCUGAUUUUCAUGUUUUCUGGACUUUAAUUUAAGAAAAAAUCAACUAUGAAUACGUUUAAAUAAAGGAUAAUGAGGUGUUUGUUUGUUUCUGAGUUUAAAGUGUGAUAGGCAUAAGCCAGAUAAACUUAUCUUUGGAUUCUAACGGUGGAGGUGAUUUCUUUACUUGUCCUGGAACAAGUUUAGAAAAUCGAUGAAUAGUCAGAAGAAAAAAUAAUCUUGGGAAACUUCAACUUCCUCUGAUCACAGAAUAGCAAAGAGAUAAAAUUUUCGGUUAAACUCCUUCAAGCUGAGAAGUAAACAUUCCACCCUAUUGCUUCUCUGUGUGUAUUGUUAUCCCAGGAACCUAGGGUUUAACAGGAGGAUUUUAAGCAUUAAAACAACAUGAAGUGAGACCUGAGUUGUUGGAUUUCGAUGGUUCUUGUGUUCUUCCGUACAGUAGACGUCAUUUCAGGGGUUUUCCCUAACACGUGGAAAUAUGAACUACAUAUAUAUACACCUUUUUCUUCUAUUCCUUUGAACAAAUGUUUGAAUUGUGUGAAAAGUGUGAGAAAACAAUUUUGUCAAUUUACAUUUAAUACAAAAUCUAUAUAUUUCUUUCUUAGAAAAUUUGAAAAGUAUUGAAACAGUAGCUACAUGGUUAUUACCCAUCUGAACAACGUUCCUUUAUUACAAAUAUUCUUUAAUUACGUACAAUAUACUUUCUUGUCUGACUCUUAUUGUAUUGUUUAAAAACACACGGUUUUGUUCUGGCAUUACACAUUUGGCUCUUAUGCUAUCGAUCAUUGCAUGUCAUCUUGUCCUUAUUUCUAAGUUAUGAGCACUGUGCUUUGAUAUUAUGCCACUCCAAUUUACAGCAGAUACUAAUAAGACCGAUAAAUAAAGCAACAUCCUAAUUGUUAUUUUAAUUAAUUGAAAUUAGAUUAACAUAUAUUAUGCGAGUCAGUUACCAAGAAGAUUCUUAGCAAGGUAUCUUGAUAACUUCUUAUCCAUCAAGUGAAAAGAUAAACUUAGUUUUUAAUUAAGGCCGACGUGCAUUUCUUACUUUAUCCCACUACUCCAAAACCUGGAAACUUGAAUAAUUAAAAAUAUCUAUAUUCUACGAUCCUUUUCCUCUUCAUGCUAGGAAGAGCAAACCGACGAGAAUUGUAGAGAAUCUUCGGUGCCAUGGAGCAAAGAAUAUCAAAUUAUUUCUCAACCUUCACCGAUCUCCAGCAAGAGUAGGCUCGGGAUGUUUGUUUUUUCUCUACGUUUGUUUGUUAGUGUGGCCACGUUUUGUAAAAUCUGCAUUUUUUGGCAACUAAUGGGACUCCACUGAACUCCAUAUGGUUCGUUAUCGCGCGUACGUUGUAUCCACGAGUCUGCUUACAUCUUGUUCACGUUUUAAGUGGUGUAUCUUUAAAAAAGUAAUAGACAUUAUGUGGUGGAUCAUAACAAAGUAAUAGUCAUUUUCAGAGUCAAGAUGUAGAUUUUAAUUUGACGCAUCA